CUAGAUGCUCUGUUUGUCUUGUUUCUCCAAUGACUGCCGUCCGCUAUCGGCGAGCAGGCUUGCCGGUAUUGGAAUACCUUCUCCUGACUUCCUGAGUUAAAGUAUUUAGAUGGUGUUUCUUAUUCCCGCCAGGUGUGAAUGAGCAAGGAGGACGCGCCCGCUGCCCUUGCUGACACUGUUCUACGUUUCCUGUGCCAUGAUGACAUAAACACCGUGAAAGAGCUAUGUGCCGACUGGUUCCCCAUCGAGUACGUUUGAUUUAGUUUUUUUGUGUGUAUUUUAUUGGGUUUUCUUUUUCUCGUUUGUGAGAUUCUAACGCAUGGUUUAGAUGGGUCGCCAUGUGCCAUUGAAUCAUAGUUAGUGCCGCUGGGUGUCCAUGUCUACACCAGGUUUUGCUUGCUUUUAUCACUGCAGCUGUUGUGGUCUAUGUUACUAAAGAUGCCCAGCCAGCCCAUGAAAGCCGGAGUGCCAAACAUUGUCAUCUAUUCUCCCUCCGCAGGUACCCGGAUUCCUGGUACAGAGACAUCACAUCCAACAAGAAAUUCUUCUCUUUGGCUGCCACGUACCAUGGACAAAUCAUGGGCAUGAUUGUGGCCGAAAUAAAGAGCAGGACCAAAGUGCACAAAGAGGUGGGAAACAUGAAUAGAUUGCUUUGCAGUCGGUGAAGGCUCACCAUGCUGUGUGUGUAAUCAGGCCACAGGAAGGUGUAAAGCUAUGUUCAUCACUCAAAGAAAAAUUCAAAAAGGGUCAACUUGAUUUGUCUCUGUUUUGCAGGACGGUGACAUUUUGGCUUCUAGCUUCUCCGGUGACACACAAGUAGCUUAUAUCCUCAGUCUUGGAGUGGUUAAGGAGUUCCGCAAGCAGGGAAUUGGUGAGGAAAUGGAACAGUGUGUAAACUGAUAUCAUCAGCCAAUGUGAUAAGAUAAUCUCUUUACUAAGACUGUGUAUGUCUCAUCUAUUUCAUUUAGAAGGAGCUGGUUCCGUUUUAAAAGUAGCAAUAUGUGCUCAGCUUACUUGAUGUUUUUGAAGGUUUUGGUAAAUAGAUUCUAUUUAUUAGAUUCUUGUCCUGAAAAUAAUGCAACAGUAGAGCAAGGACGAUCAUAUCAAUUUGCGAUAUGUACGAUCCUGUUCUCUUUUUCAUUAACAUGCUGGCUAAUAAUGCCUCACAUUUUUUGCAUUUUCAUAAAGUCUUGGUAUGUAGCCAGGACCUGUGGUAUGAGGUGUUAAGUAGUUUCAAAAGUUCUCUCCAUGAACUGGUGAUUGUUUUUAAGUCUGAGGGGUCUUGAGUUUGUUUUAUAUGCUGUCUCAAGGUUGUGCAUGUCUUGGAGCAAUCGGGAGAUCUGGGCAGUUCAUGUCUUCUUUAGAGCAGUGCUUGUAGAAAUAAAGUACCCGCUUAGUAUGCACUUGUGGGCUUCCCACAGAGGCAGUGGUGUGAUGCCCUCUGUGACGUUUUCUGUGAAGUAUUGGGUAAAUCUAGUUUGGGUUUCCUGAGUUAUUAAUGUGUCUGUGAGAAGAGAUUCAUUGAGCCUCCAGUGGGGGUCCCUUGUUAUGGAGAUGUCAGCAUCACGAGGACUGGAGCGUGGUUGGACCAAGUGACUGUGUCUAUUUGGACCUGUUUCAUGUCAGUCAGGUGAUAGUGGGGGAGAAAAAAAAAAUCAAGUUUGGAGUAAGUGUUGUUUGGAGUGGAUUAAAAUGUGUAUUUGCUAUCUAUGGUGUGUAGUGCUUUACAGCAAUCUACCAGUCGGUGUUCGUGUAAAUCCAUGCGUAAUAACAGCAGUAUAUGGACUUAAAGGGUUCCCGAUGAAGAGUCCAGCAAGGGGAGCAGUGCCCUCAUGAUCAGGCAUACCACCAUACCACUAUAGCACGAGAGAGCUCAUAGAGUUGAUUUCAGAAACCUAUGCCGUCUGCAGUUUGGUAGGUAUACGUUUGUGAGGGUGUAGGUUUUGACUAAUGUCUUGCCUUUUACGAAGACAUACCGUCCCUCUCUGUCUACCAUAGCACCGGUGUGAAUUGGAAGGACUUAUGAAUAAGAAUGGCCAUUCCUUUUGGAUUUGUUCUUAGGAUUUUUGCUUGUGUAACCAUCUGUGCAUUGGUGGAUGGCCAACGUAGGGGCACUGCCUUCCCUGCAGCGUGUCUCUCUGUAUAUAAACAUGUGCCACUUGGUUCUUAAAUUGUCUAAGGGCAUGAGAGCGUAUAUCUGGUAUAUGCAGGCCCUUAGCGUUGAUCGAUAGUACGUUGUGUGGCCGGUUUGAAGAGUUGCUUAGGAGUCAUUGGAGUUGGGCAAGUUCUGCAGGUGAGGAGAGUGAUGGGGUCUGUUACUCAACAUCCCAAGUGGAACGAAAAUCCCUGCGUGUAUACAAAGGAAAAUACAAAAAAAAUAACUAAAUGUAAAAACAAGGAUAGGGCGUCGGCAGGAGCGGUAGCCCCGUGCACUAACCAGUCGGCCCAUGGGAACUGUUCUCAACCAAGACUAGGGAGCCUCUGUGACAGAUCCAGCAAAGGUCCAGUGGCAAAAAGAAAUGGGCACACGAGACACUCCCCAUGUUCCCUUGGUCCCGGCUAUCCCUUGUGCAUUGACUCUGAAAGCAAAUGUCCGUGUCACAAUUGCUCAUUCAAUAGAAUGUCAAGGAAAAGGGUCCUAUUAGGACCAUUGCAUCUCCUUUGUUUUUAGCGUCCUGCAUGAGUCGCUCCCACAGCUCUGCCCGUAAGAAACCCUUACCUUCAUCUCUCCUGAGGGUAAUACCCACCCAUUGGCCUGUUACGUCCUAAUGGCUUUCGGUUUUGGCCUUUUUCUAUUUUUGUAAAUACAUACUUAAAGUGAGAACAGUCACUUUCGAAGAUUUUAGUUAUGAAACUUUAAUACUCUGUUUUACAGUUAGAGGCCUAGAUACUAGUUAAUGGGUUAUUUCAUGCAACUGUGAGCUUAAAACGAAUUGUCAAAACUUGGAGCAGAAUACCUGAGUUUUGGAAAAAUCGUCAAGAUUGUCACAUUGAAGAUUUUCUUAAUUUUUUUUUUAAUGCAACACAGCUGUCAGUUUACUGAUUAAGCGCAUAAAACAAAACAAUUUAUUGUUUUUUAUACACAGUAGGCCAAUGAGUACAUUUUUUGGAUAUCUGAUAAUGAUGGGAGUGAUGCCAAACACAAAGCCUAGAAAAAUCUGGGCAUGAGACACAGCCUCGUAAAUCUAGGUCUAUUGGUCGUUUUGAAUAAAUCAUGCUGGCUGAGAUCACUUCAAAUAUAACACAGGCUGGUUUGUGUCAAAGCAAAGUAUGUUUUGAUUAAUUAUUUUCUUUUAAUUUAGGGUGCCCAUCCUUGGACUAAAGUGUACUAGAGAGAACGACAUGCCUGAGUCCAUUUAAACAAUAUAAAUUCCCCAGCAGGUGAAAUCCUUUAUAUGUAUGGAGAGCUAUGACAUGGAAGAACACAAAGGAUUUAUUCACUAAAUAGUGAAUUGUAAUGAAUUAACAACAGAAUUAGCAAAUUGAGGCUGAAAUAGCCAAUCUGUAACUAUAACUGAGUUAGAGGAUUUCUAUCAAGUCUGCAGUCUCCCCCCCACGCCCCCUGUUUUGGUAAUUUAGUUAUCUUUUCACUGCAGUUUGGUAUAUAAUGGAUAAACUCCUCUUUUUGACCUUUGAUUCUUUGCUCAGGUUCUCUGCUAUUGGAGAGUUUGAAGAGCCACAUUACUAGUACAGCCCAGGAUCACUGCAAAGCCUUGUACUUACACGUCCUGACCACCAACAGCAGCGCCAUCCGCUUCUACGAGAAUCGUCACUUCCACCAGCACCACUACCUGCCCUGCUAUUACUCCAUCCGAGGUGUACUGCAAGAUGCAUACACUUAUGUCUUGUACCUCAACGGAGGACACCCGCCGUGGACAGUCAUAUAUCCUUUAUGGAACUUUGUCUGCUGCACCCCUUUCUGUCUUACUCAAGGAAUGGUUUUCUGUCUACCCUACUCUGCUAUUUGCUGUUAAGGAACCCCAGUCUAUCUUCCAUUCCACCUUUCAUUACCACACAGUGUUUUAUUCCUAGACCAGAUUUAGUAAGAAUUGAAUGUUGGACAGUGGAAUGCGUAGGGCAACCUGCAUCUCUUGCACACUGUCUUGAUAAUACGACUACUUAAUCUUGAAGUUUUAUUCUUCCAACUUCUGUUCUUUAGUCGAUUUUCUUCUACUCUCCCCCUGUUUGUUAUUCAUUCCUUCCAUACAGGCUGAAUGCACGUGUCUUUUUCUUUAACCUCCCAGCACGGAUUAUUUGCAGCACUUGGGUUCCGCUCUGGCCAGUCUAAGUCCUUGUUCCCUGCCACAAAGGAUCUACCGUCAGGCACACUCGCUACUACGCAACUUCCUUCCCUGGUCCCCCAAGAGUGGGAUUGAGUACAGUCGUACAAUGUGACCACAGGUAACUAAACUAAACUUAUAUCUACAGUAAUCAAGUUAGAUCCGGUUCUGCUUUGAUCUGUUUAUAUUCUAACUCUUACUCUUUCUAACUCCUUCUUGAUCACAUGAUUUUGUCCAUAUUUCCUUCUGCCUACUGUAACAGUUAAUAGGCCCAAAUCAGCAUCCUUGGUACCCCAUGUGUACUGUCAUUUUUAAGCCUUGACCAAUACAUUCAAUAAAAUUCCUUGUUAUUUAUUCACUAAAGAGUCGAUUUCCGUCCCUCUGGACAGACUGACCUUGGCUGUAGCAAAUUAAUGUGUCUAAGUUUGUUCUACAGAUUCCAGAUAUCACGUUUUUUUUUUUAAAUCCUUGUGUAUACUAAGCUUUGUCAGGUUGUACAUUUGUGGUCACAACUUGUUUCAGCAUGAGACCUCACUCAUAUACAAGCGGACACUUCCUUUACCUACUUUAAUUCAGUGGUAUUUCUCUCUUGUUACAGGGUGUGAGCUUCGUUACACAAGAACAUGACCUGUGGGCAUCCCAGUUUGUCUCCCUGCCCCUUCCGUCAGUCUCAACAUCUCCACCCAUGGGAACAGAACAUUGACCCACUUUCUUAGAGGACUGGUGCUGAAUAUUGCCCUCCUUCGUACAGGGUCCUGAUCUAAUCCCAGCAUGGAUCUGUAGGGUUUAUCACAGGGUCAAUAUUCUUGGCUGUCUAUGCCCUGAAUUUUUAUUUACAUGCAAACAUACACAAAAAUACCCUAUAUGGACUCUGAAUGGGUUCCAACGAAAGGGAUGCCACUUAUUCCUUUUUACUGUUUCUCCUGCUUGUAACUGCUGCUUCCAUGUAAAUUCUCCCCAAAUCAUCCUCUUUAUUUCCGUAGCCUGUUAACCUUUUUAGCGCUGCUCCUGUAACAAAAAGAAAGAGGAUGUAUUAUUAAUAGGUUCUCAUUUUGCAGCCUGGCGCUGCAUGUUUUUCUUUCUUCGGUUUUUUAUGUUUAUGGCUGAAAUACGUCAAAGUCGUUAUUGUGACACUUGCACGGGGUGUCUCAAGCAGAUUGAGUGGAAGACUGUGAACCCAGUCCUCAUUCACAGCCUGGGAGCAUAGCAUUUCUUUACUAUGGCAAUAGAAGUGUUGGAAGAUAUGACCAGUAACAAGUAAAUCUCAGAACAUUAUACACCAGUUUUAUAAGACUAGCCUUGGAGGA